UCAAAUCCGGAUCAAGUCAGUCGUCUUUCACCUGUCAGCAUGUCCGGCAAAAUCAUAUUUCUGUGUCUUCCAAUCAUUGUUUAUCGUUUCCCCCGCACCAUGUGUGUCAUUUAACAGCCAGUACACGAAUUUAGCUAGCACCCGUCCAUUCCGCACGCCGUAAUCCAUAAACCGUGACCGUCGAACCCGUAGACCCAAACAUCCCGACGAUGUUUAGGAAGGGCAAUCAACCCAAGCCACCCUCCAUUCAUCCAUCAUCAAACCCAGCAGGCUGCAAUCAGAAGAUGAUGAGCGACCUGACAGCACCGCCUCCUAACCCAAAGCCGGAUAAGAACCGCAUCCUGGAGAUGCAUGCCAUAUUCCUGGGGCACGACACUCGGGGCGAUAAUAAGAUAUCCAUCCGCCACCUGGGCAACUGUCUGCGAGUGAUGGGUGCCAACCCCACGGAAGCGAUGGUCAGCCAGCAUGUCCGGGAGUACCAGGCCUCCACCAUGGAUCGCAUUUCCUUCGACGAGGUGCUCACCAUCUACGGCAGUCUGGGCAAGCACGGCGGCAGGUCGAGUCCCAAGAGGAAGCUGGUCGAGGAGGAGCGACUGACAUACAGCCUGAGCAUUUUCGAUACGGAUAACUCCGGUUAUUUGACCGCCAUCAGAAUCCGGCGGCUUUUAACCCAGUGCGGCGAGCGCAUGAGUGCCUUCGAAGUCGAUGAACUGCUGAAGGGCAGGAUCAACGAGCAGGGCCUGGUCAACUACAAGGAGCUAAUUCAUGAUAUUGUCAAUGGGUAGCUCAAGGAAAGUGGAAAAGAAAAGAAUCUGAGUAGAUAAGAAGAAUAAUCCAGAAAGCAAAUCUAUCAAUUAAAGGCAGGUGAAAGUGUGAUUUAAAUAAAUAUGUGUUGCAACCCCAA